GGGGAGAGGAGAAGAAGGAGAGUGUGGACGUUGUGCGGAGAUGGCGGACGAAGGUUAGUUGAUGGUUUUUCCUUUUUUUCCCGUUUUUUUUUUUUGUUUUUUUUUUUGUCGCGCAAGGUUCAAGUCGGGAGGUUGCGGUUGGGGGAGCAAGGGGAGAGAGGGAGAGGUCGGGAUGGGGAGGUCGGGAUGGGAGGUCAGGACCGGGAGGUCGGGAUGGGAGAUGCGAACAGAGGAGGGAGAGGUCGGGAUUAGGGAGGGAGAGUUGGGACGAGGUCGGGAUGGGAUGGGAGUCGGGAGGUCGGGAUGGGAGACGGGUUGGGACGUGGUCGGGGGAGUAAAGGGAGAGAGGGAGAGGUCGGGACGGGGAGGUCGGGAUGGGAGGUCGGGAUGGGAGGUCGGGAUGGGAGGUCGGGAUGGGAGACGCGAACAGAGGAUGGAGAGGUCGGAUCAGGGAGGGAAAGUUGGGACGAUGUCGAGGUCGGGAUCGGAUGGGAGUCAGAAGGUCGGGAUGGGAGACGGGUUGGGACGCGGUCGGCGGAGCAAGGGGAAAGAGGGAGAGGUCGGGACGGGGAGGUCAAGAUGUCACGGUUUGGAUGGGAGACGGGAACGGAGAAGGGAAAGCUCGGGAUCAGGUCAGGAGGACGCGGUUGGGUCGGGACCGGGAGGUCGGGAUGGGAGGUGCGAACAGAGGAGGGAGAGGUUGGGAUCAGAGAGGGAGAGUUGGGACGAUGUCGAGGCCGGGAUGGGAUGGGAGUCGGGAGGUCGGGAUGGGAGACAGGUUGGGACGCGGUCGGGAGAGCAAGGGCAGAGAGGGAGAGGUCGGGACGGGGAGGUCGGGAUGGGAGCUCGGGAUCGGGAGGUCGGGAUGGGAGACGCGAACAGAGGAGGGAGUCGGAAUGGGAGAUGGGUUGGGACACGGUCGGGGGAGGAAGGGGAGAGCGUGAGAGGUUGGGACGGGGAGGUCGGGAUGGGAGGUCGGGGCCGGGAGGUCGGGUUUUUCGCGCAAGGUCGAGGUCGGGAUGGGGAACGGGAACGGAGAAGGGAAAGGUCGAGAUCAGGUCGGGAAGACGAGGUCGGGGGAGCAAAGGGAGAUAGGGAGAGGUCGGGACGGGGAAAUCGGGAUGGAGGUCGGGAUGGGAGACAGGUUGGGACGCGAUCGGCGGAGCAACGACAGAGAGGGAGAGGUCGAGAUGGGAGACGCGAACAGAGGAGGGAGAGGUCGGGAUUAGGGAGGGAAAGUUGGGACGAGGUCGGGAUGGGAUGGGAGACGGGUUGGGACAUGGUCGGGGGAGCAAAGGGAGAGAGGGAGAGGGAGAGACAGGGAGGUCGGGAUGGGAGGUCGGGACCGGGAGGUCGGGAUGGGAGACGCGAACAUAGGAGGGAGAGGUCGGGAUCAGGGAGGGAAAGUGGGGAUGAUGUCGAGGUCGGGAUCGGAUGGGAGUCAGGAGGUCGGGAUCGGAUGGGAGUCAGGAGGUCGGGAUGGGAGACGGGUUGGGACGCGGUCGGCGGAGCAAGGGGAGAGAGGGAGAGGUCGGGACGGGGAGGUCACGAUGGUCAAGAGGACGCGAUUGGGUCGGCACCGGGAGGUCGGGAUGGGAGGCGCGAACAGAGGAGGGAGAGGUUGGGAUCAGGGAGGGAGAGUUGGGACGAUGUCGAGGUCGGGAUGGGAUGGGAGUCGGGAGGUCGGGAUGGGAGACAGCUUGGGACGCGGUCGGGGGAGCAAGGGCAGAGAGGGAGAGGUUGGGACGGGGAGGUCGAGGUGGGAGGUCGGGAUCGGGAGGCCGGGAUGGGAGACGUGAACAGAGGAGGGACAGGUCGGGAUUAGGGAGGGAGAGUUGGGACGAUGUCGAGGGAAGGAAGGAGAGGGGCAAAGAGGUCGAGACGGGAAGGAAGGGAAGGUGGCAGGGAGAGGUCGGGAUCAGGGAAGGAGAGUUGGGACAAUGUCGAGAUUGAGAUGGGAGAGGGGUUGGGACGCUAUGUCGCGCCCCCACCGUUCUAAGGUCUGGUUCGAUGUCCCUCCCCGGGCCGAGUGCGGUGGGUUGGUGGACUGGCAGACUGUCACUCACGAUUUUGGAAAGUUUUAGGGAAAUUAAAAGUAAAUUCACAAGCAGCCUUUGUCACGCAGUCGAGUAGUCAGAAUUAUCCCUCCUGCUAGCGGAGACACGGCUUAGAGUGAGGCGUUUGGUUUUAUCGCCUGCACCUGACCCCGUAUAAAGGUUAGAAUCAAGGUCACCGGAGUCC